AUGUAUUUGUGGUUGAUAUUCACAUGGUUAUCAUGGGUCUGUUCAAAUCAUUGCGCACUUCUAUCGACUCAAUUCCUGGAUAACUUCGAUCAAAAUUCGCUGAGUCUGGAGUCUAAGAUCUCUCUGUCAAAAGAAUGGGAGGUUCUAGGUCCAUUCCGGCUUGGGACAAGAGAAGCGGUUUGGGGAGCAGACCCAUUGGAACGUCAUGGUGGCUUUCGCAACCUCAAAUAUGAUAACACAACGUCCUUCCCCAGUGCACUUGCUACGAGCGGAGCAGCUCACUGGGGAAUCACCUCUGCAAAAAUCUCCAAUGAUUAUCGCGGCAAAGCUCAGGCGCAUCUAAGUGUAUCUUUCCCCAUCGAUUGGGGAUUCCUGCAGUCGGUAUAUGGUUGGCCAGCCUUGCAGUAUCAGUGUUGGGCUCGCGGAUUCCUAGAAUUAAAGGGAACAUACUCACAAACAAUUGCCAUUCAUGCUGGUGGUCUUCUCGAGUUCUGGAUCGACGACAAACAAUAUUUCGGUGGCGACGUGUAUCACUACCAUCGUGCUCCCAGCAUAAUCGAGUUAUCUCCAGGUCGCCAUGUCAUCGAUCUUCGACUAACUCGAGAUGUUCGCGCCCUCGGUGGUCAGGCUGAUGAAGUCGAAGUCACGAUUGAUGUUCAGCUGACAGAAGAUCCCAUAACUCUCAACGCUGAAAGCCUAAUGGUGUCAGAGUUGACAGAAGGGAGACUAGGUGAGCCGCUACGUUUCACCUAUCUCCAUCCAUCAAACAUCGUCUCUUAUUCAAUCUUGCGACCUCCACCCACCAAUUCUUGUGUUUCAAAAGAGGCACUUCCUAUUAUUGCUAUUCUACACGGGGCAGGAGUCGAGGUAGAUGGCUCAGAGGCGCGUGAAAUGCUGGAUGCAGCGUAUGGUAUUUGUGCCUGGAUGUUGUUUCCUAGCGGUGUCACCACGUGGAGUGGUGAUGAUUGGCAUCGUUGGGGAGCUGCUGAUUUUGAGGCUGCACUGUCUUCAAUUCCUGAUUGGAUUACCGCCGUCGAAUGGAAAGGUCCAAGUGUUUCUAAAGAUAUAAUUGUUGCCGGACACUCGAACGGAGGCCAGGCUGCAUGGUAUUAUGCCACGCAUUUCCCUGACAACGUCUUUGCUGUGGCUCCUGUGUCAGGCUAUACAUCUAUCGAGAAUUAUGUACCUUACACCAUGUGGCAAUCCUAUGAGCCAUUGCUCUCGUCUGUGCUCUCAAGAUCAAGGUCGACGUAUAAGAAUGAGUUACUCCUCAGCAACCUGGCUGGAAUCCCAGUGGCGCAGCAACAUGGGUCUGUCGAUGACAAUGUACCAGCAUACCACUCUCGAUUAAUGCACGAGCUUCUUGGCCAGGUUGGCUGGCCAUCUGAGUACAAAGAACUACCAGGAAAGGGUCAUUGGUUCAAUGGCGUGAUGACAACGUCUUUCUUGACAGAUUUCUACAGUUCCAUGGUGAAACGCUCUGCUAAAGUCUCAAUAGGAGUACUGGAGACAUUUACUAUUACUGUUCCACCCACUGGUGAUAUGGGAUCCAAGGCUGGUAUCCAGGUAGAUCAGUUGCAAUCCCCUGACGUAGAGGGGAAAUUUUUCAUUGUCCGCGACAUGAAAGCCCAUAUCUGGUAUAUAAAUACUCAGAAUAUACACAGAUUUCACCUCUCUUGGAGAGCUAACCGAGUGAAUUUACCGGCAACUUUGCUAUUGGAUAACUUCGAGAAGCCCUUUGAGACCAAGGCCAACCAAUCGAAAGAGUCUUGGUACGUCAGGGCCGCUGAUGGUAGCUGGUCUGUCUCUUACGACAACCGUUGGAAGAGUGUCGACCAAAGAUAUGGUCAGCAGCUCGGAGCACUGGAUGCCAUUCUUCGCACCCAAGGAAAAUUCACCAUUGUGACAUGCUCCGCUGGAGUCGACCAUGCCGCCCUUCAGAUCAGCCGCAAUCUGUUCCAGUACUUUGCAGCAGAUUCACAGAUUAUCCAAGACUGUUCAAACGUCGAUUCUCGACACAGGCCCGGCAAUGUCAUCACGAUUGCAAUUGGUCACGAUCUGCCAGCAUCCGCACUCGACUCAUACCCCAUACAGAAUCAAGAUGACCGCCUAAUCGUAUUUCAUAGUCCUAUGUCAUCCCAACAGCUUGCAUUCAGACAUGAAUACAAGUAUGAAGCAGGUCUCGGGGCAAUCUUUCUUCGGCCAUUGGAAGGCGAGCGAAUGGAAUUGGUGGUAUGGGGCGUGGAUUUGGAGGGGUUGCACCAGGCAUUACGCCUUGUACCAACUAUCACUGGUUCGGGACAACCAGAGUACGUGAUCUUGGGUAAUACCUGUCGUUAUGAAGGUGUUACAGGUGUCUAUUCAGCUGGAAGUUUUGAUCGAUCAUGGAAUGCUUCACCUAGUUCAUAUCAGACUGGUGAUAGUAUCUGCACUGUCGAAAUUAAUUAG